AUGAUGAAAUUUAUAAAAAGGAUAUUAGAUUGGUUGACAAGUUUAUUUUGGAAAGAAGAAAUGGAACUCACAUUGGUAGGCCUACAAUUUUCAGGAAAAACAACAUUUGUCAAUGUUAUUGCUUCUGGUCAAUUUUCUGAAGAUAUGAUACCCACAGUUGGUUUCAAUAUGAGAAAAAUUGUUAAGGGAAAUGUCACAAUUAAAGUAUGGGAUAUCGGUGGUCAACCUAGGUUUAGAUCAAUGUGGGAAAGAUAUUGCAGGGGUGUAAAUGCUAUCGUGUACAUGGUCGAUGCAGCAGACUUAGGGAAAAUAGAAGCUUCCAAAACAGAAUUGCAUAAUUUAUUGGAGAAACCACAGUUAGCUGGAGUUCCAGUUCUAGUCCUUGGCAACAAGCGUGAUUUACCACAAGCUUUAGAUGAAUCUGCAUUAAUAGAAAGAAUGAAUUUAAACGCUCUUCAAGAUAGAGAAAUUUGUUGUUAUUUGAUAUCGUGUAAGGAAAAAGACAACAUUGAUCUCACACUUCAGUGGCUUAUUGCUCAUUCGAAGUCUGCAACUCACUAG